AUGCAGAACCCCUUCUACAGCGCCCCGCCCCCGAGCUCCUCUUCUGCGCCUCCCCCAAGCUACUCCUUACGCCCAGCCCCACCAGCUCGUCCCGCCGCGACCGAACCCGCUCAAUACUCUUCUCUCGCGGACCUGACCAAGAACAAGCCUGUUCCCCCUCCCCGACCCGGAUCGGGGUUCAGCUAUACCCCCGACUCGGCGAGACAGGGGUAUAGUUCUGCGUUUGCCGCCAGUGGUGGGAGCGGGAGCGGAAGUGGGCCGGGAAACGGACAGGGAGGACAGGCACAGCAUGGAGGGGGCUAUGAUCCGACAAGAGGGGAUGGUAGGAGGAUGCCGCCCCCUCCUGGGAAUCAUGGGGUCGGGAUACCGAGUGAGCCGCCUAGGCGGGUGGUGAAUGCACAACCUGCUGCCGGCGCACCCGCGCUUCCAAACCAACCUCGGCCCGCUACCGGCCCAGCAUCCUACCUACCCGCCAGUGCGCAAGGGUACGCCAGUACCGCCAGCUCAUACGCGACCGCGGGUCUGGGACGGGCGAAGGAGGGUCUCGAUAGCAUGAUGACCCAGCAGCGAAGGGAACAGGUUACGUCGAACCUCGGCAAGGCUGCUGCGGGCGGUGCCAAGCUGCUCGGACAGGGAGCAUGGAAGCUCGGGAAGUUCGCUGCGAACCCAUCGGGCAAGUAG